GAUGUCCGCAAGCCUCGGAAGAGCGGAGCGAGGCGUCGGCGGCGCUCCGGGGUGAAGAUGGGGCCGCGCGGGGAGGCCCUGCUGCUGCUGCUGCUGCUGGCGGCGGGUGCCCUGCCGGGGGGCUGCUCCGGCUCCUCUUCCUCGCACUCCCUGCGCUAUUUCUACACGGGGGUCUCUGAGCCCGGCCAGGGGCUGCCCCAGUUCAUCAUUGUGGGCUACGUGGACGAACAGCUCUUUGUCCAGUACGACAGCAACACCCAGAGGGCCCGGCCUCGAACGCCCUGGAUGGAGACGGUGGGGGAGGAGGAUCCCUCGUACUGGGACAGGAACAGCCAGAUAGCACAGAACGAUGAGCAGGUGUUCAGAGUGGAUCUGAGGAACGUGCCCAAAUACUACAACCAGAGUGGAGGUUUUCACACCCUGCAGUACAUGUACGGCUGUGAGCUGAGGGGAGAUGGGAGCGUACGAGGGUACGACCAGUACGCCUACGACGGGAGGGACUACAUCAGCUUCAACAUGGAGACCCUCACCUGGACGGCAGCUGAUUCCGCUGCCCAAGUAACCAAGAGGAAGUUGGAGAACGUGCAGGAAGCCCAGCACUUCAAGUCCUACCUGGAGAAGGAUUGCACGGACUGGCUGCAGAAAUACUUGGACUACGGGAAGGGGACUUUGCUGAAGACAGAGCUCCCCGUGGUGAAGGUGACGAGCCAGGCGGAGCAUGACGGCACGGAGACCCUUGUCUGCCAGGCCCACGGCUUCUACCCCAAGGCCAUCGAGACCACCUGGAGGAGGGACGGGGAGGUCAUGGAGCAUAAGACCUUCCGCAGGGACGUCGCUCCCAAUUCGGACGGGACCUUCCACGCCUGGCUCAGCAUCAAGAUCGACCCCACGGAUCGGGACCGCUACCGGUGCCGUGUGGGGCAUGACAGCCUGCUGGAGCAUCGGGACUUUGCCUGGGAGGAGCCUGGUGCAUCCAACUUGGGGCUCAUUAUCGGGUGUGUGGUGGGGGCCGCCUUUGCCCUGCUGGUAGCUGGGAUCCUUGGGAUCUAUUUCUACAAGAAACACCAAGAUGCCUACAUAUCAGCAUCAAAACAGCGACAGCAGCUCAUGCAAUGGGAGCAACCGGGCCAUCUAGCGGCCCCGAAGGAGCUGGACUCUGAUGGAAGGAGGGAGAAGAAGAGUGGAUCCCUCCGUGUUCCGGAUUCUUCUCUGUCCUUCAGUGUGCUCCAUUAGCUGUCACAGAACUUCUCUGACUGCAAAGAGUUUGGCUGGAUGUGAUUUGCUGCUUAGAGUUUGGCUGGAUGUGAUUUGCAAAGUUUGGCUGGAUGUGAUUUGCAGUGGCCCCUAAGACAGAGGCCAUAGCUAGACCUAAGGUUUAUCCCUGGAUCAUCCCGGGUUCAUCCCUGCCUGAGCGCUGGAUGCCCUGUGUGGCACUUAGAUGAACAGGUUUGACCCCAGGACAAUCCUGGGAUAAACGUUAGGUCUAGCUACGGCCAGAGUCUGCGUUGAAAAGAAUAAUUCUAGGACUUUUACCUGAUAAAAGAACUCUUAAUUGACAUGUUAUGAGCUUAAUUCAAUUAAUCAACACUACAUGAAGGGGCCUACGAAGGAUUAAAAAAAAUCAGCUCUGAAGGAGAAAGAAGCAUAUUUUGCUUUUAUGAGACGCGUGGCAAAAUUGCAGCAGGCAUCUUUUCGGAAGACUUGUGCCAGAGAGAAUGAGGUGUGGGGAUUGGGGGGAAAUAUUUUCCCGAGAAGCUUUUGCACGUGGGAAGACUCCAGAAUGAACAUGCAUAAUAGGGCUACCUUGUGAAUGGCUAUCUAAAACAAAGAGUUACUGGUCUUCCACAUCUUUCUCAGAAACUUCUAUGCCCUCCUAAGCUACAAUUUUCAUGAAGAAAUCACUGAAGUAAGAAGAUAAUAUGCCGGUAUUAAGUUUUAAUCAAGAAUUUUGAGGACUUACAAAUUCCACGGUGUCGUGCCCCCACUGGAAGAAACCUUGGAGUAGGAGCUGGAAGACCAGGAAGUAUCCGCCACCAGCAAUGCCCAGGAUGUGCCGGGAGACCAGGAGGAUCCCGGCCCCUCAGGGAUGACUGCUAUGAGGGCAUCCCCUGUGGAGGACAAAGACUCUGCCUUGGAAGUGGAGGUGGUGGACACCACCACCCCUGAGCCCUUGGGAGAGACUCCACCUGAAAAGACUGGACCUCAAAGGAGCCCUAGGCUGAACCAGAGGCUUCGGCCUGCUCCUUGUCUACUGUGUGGCCUUGGGACCUUGUGGCCUGUGCUCUGGGCUGCUGAGGCCUUGCCUUUUACCUCUUUCUGCUAGCCAUCUUGGAACUCUCAGGCUUCGGCUAUUGGGCAGUAAUAUAAUAAAUAAAUAAAUAAAAUAUGUGGAGAUAGAAA